GUCGCUAUAGGCUACUUACCAAACAAUUAACUUCGAAGAAAAAGAUGGCAUGCUUCAGUUUCAGUCAACAUAUUGAAAUAUCAAUGGAGGAGACUUUGACUAAAGUUUUUGUUUUGAAAUUGUCGUAGCUGUUUCGAAAGUGAAAUGUGUUGAGCUCCGGUGAUUCACCAUCGUUUAGCGGCAGUAGGCCUAUGACCGCUGCCAUAUGAGUCGAUCAUGGACGCCCUUAACGUCACGGACCCAGAGAGCUUGGUCGAUAUCGGAUGAACAAGAACAUUAUACAGUGCAAUAUACGAUAGCUAAGUGUUUUUGUUGAAGUUUUGAUGUUGGUUUCGGGUGUUACUGUGACCCUUUGUUAAUAUCCGUUUGCAUUGUUUACAUUCAUUUUGCUAUGACCAAAAGUCUACGGGGCAUGCCUUGCUGUUGGAGCAACGGCAAAGGGAAGUGGAUUCCUUGCUGAGUGAUCAGAUGGAGUCCAAUCUGCUGCUCAGGAUACAAGUGGAAGACCUGCAGAAGAGACUGGACGAGAAGGAGAACAAACUCACACAUGCCCAAGAGACUAUCUCAGCUCUGAGGAACGAGGUGCAGUCACUACAGGAGCAACUGGCUUUUGAGAAAAGGAAGCACCAGAAGCCACAGUCUUUAAGGUCCCGUCAUGUCCGAGCCAAAAUUGAAGCCAAGACCUUGGUAUGCAGAGACCCACCAUCAGCAGACCUGUCCUGUAGAACAGGGUUCAGUCCCACAGAUCCAUCCUGCAAUGACAUCACAGAGGGGUUGGCAAGGAGUCAGAAUGUUGUGUCACACAACCUACCAAUCAUGUCAGAGAACUGGCCCCUGCCUUGGCGUGCAAGAACCAAUGACGUUUGUGUCGACCAACCCACCAUUUUCCUUUCCUGCGUCGUGGAGCCCAACCUCACUCAGUCCUCAAGCUUUGGUAGGAACAGAGCAAGGUCACCACAGCAAUGCCCAGUGAAGACCCUAUUAGUGAGCAUUGAGGACUGCAGACACAAACUUGGACCAGAUGGAGUCUUCAAAUUACUAGACAGGAAAGAUGCGGAGGAAGAGGAGGAAGCCGAUGUAUUCGAUGAAGGCAGUAAUCACAAACAUAAAAAUGAAGACCUCUUCUCUGGUAUGGAGGAUUCUUUUCUGGUCAAACACAAAGAAGAAAGGAUGAAUGGACUUUAUUGCUGCAGUCAGUGUAGCAGGAGGUUUUCCAAACCAAUCCUCCUCAAUUUGCACCUGAAGAUGCAUGGCAUUUCCCAGGUUAAAUAUUCUGGUGACUCCGGGCGGCCAUCCCACAGCAAGGAAAAGACCACUGAACGGUUAUACUCCUGCAAUCUAUGUAGCAAGACUUUUUCUCAAUCAAACCAUCUCAAACUGCACCAACGAACACAUAGAUCGCACGUUGAAUCUCAACAGCAUAUUAAAGACAGGCAACAGACUCUCCAAAAAGUGUCCUAUGCCUGUGAUCAAUGCAGUAAGACGUUUUCUCGGAUAAACUACCUUACUCUGCACCAGAGAAGGCAUAAAAGGUCCAUGGAAUCCUCAGCUCCCAUCAAAGAUGCUAAGGAGUUAAACAGAGAAAUAUCCCAUGCCUGCGAUCAAUGCAGUAAGACGUUUUCUCAGAUAAACUACCUUAGACUGCACCAGACAAUGCAUAUAAGGCCUCCUGAAUCUCCAGUUCCCAAUGAAGAUGUUAAGAGAAAGCCCAUCUGGAAAAUUACCUAUCCCUGCGAUCAAUGCAAUAAGGUUUUUUCACAGAUUAACUACCUCAGACUGCACCAGAAAGUGCAUGGUAAGAGUUUAUCAUUUCAAAUUCCCUGUUCAAACAAGGAACAAGCACAAAAGAAGAAAAAGAUGUCUAGCAACACGCCUCCACGGUGUGGAACAUGCGGGAAGGUUUUCUCAAGUCGGGCCUAUCUUAAAGUUCACCAGCGGGUACACACCAAUGAAAAGCCGUACGCCUGCGUCGUUUGUGACCGGACCUUCGCCACGUCCAGCAACCUCUACACACACCAGAGGACAAGGCACAAGGGUCAGUCCAGCACGUGCGGCGAGUGUGGCAGGAGCUUCCCGUGUCUAUCUCAGGAGAAGCCCAUUGCUUGCGCUAGCUGCUCCGCGGCGCGGAAAGUCAGACUGUUGGGCAAACUCCAGGAGCACCUGAGGCAGCGCGCUCAGGACAAGCCGCACCAGUGCCCGCGUUGUCCGAUGAGGUUCGCGAGCGCGUCGGGGGCCAGAAGUCACGAGCGGAGCCACGCAGGAGAGAGGCCCCUCCGCUUGGUCGAGCUGCGGUCAGAAGUUCGGUCUGUUUGCUGAGCUCCAGCAGCACACGAGGGUGACGCACGCGCAGGAACAAAGGUCGCUUCUGCUCGAAAGCACAGGAGGAGGCACGCGGGAGAAAAGCCAUAGGGCUGAAUUUGAUGCUCAAACUUCAGAAGGGUCAGCUGUCUCUUGCACAGUCCAGCAGCACCGAAAGUGCCAGAGGUUUACAAGUCGAGGUAAACUUCAAAGUAUACGAGUUGACGCCACAGGGAUGAGGAGCAUUUUUUCACCCAGUGCUGUGUCAAGACACACACACACACACACACACACACACACACACACACACAGUGCUGUGUCAAGGCUUAGACGCGACAACCACCUCACCAUCUAUGGUAGAAGUUGUAGCUCCAUAGCCAGACGACCUCCAUGUUCGAAACAAGCACAUAGUUAGUAGCAUGCUUUUAAUGCACUGCAGUAAUACACACCUCCUAAGAUCAAUGCUAUGUUAUGGCAAGUGUUUGAAAUGUGUGAUGAGGUGUAUAUUUCUGAGAAACUUUGUACUGUUUUAAGUUAAGUGUAAUUCUGAAUGAUGCCCCCUCCUUUUUUUGCACUACAGUUUGAAAUACUCAAUGAAUCUGCUAAAGUACUACAGAAGUACUCUAUUGUUAUUAUUGUUGAGAGCAAGCAAUACUAAGAAGAAACUAGACAGUAUAUUUGUACGUUCAGAGAGAUUGAUUGAAAAAAAAAAUAAACACAAUUUGUUCAGAUA